AGUGACACCGGUGGUGAGUUUCUGAACACAGCACCAUUUCAUGGAAGAAAAUAACAGUAUUUUAAAAAAGAAAAAGCUUACUAAAACUUGUUCGACCGAGUAGGUGUAUAUCACUGAAGCGUCGAGUUAAGUAGUUCCGUCUGACUGGCGCCUUUCAGCUGAAAACCUGCAACACUGGAAGAAUCAGCAUGACCGAGCAGCGGCUGCUGUUUAUAGAUAUAGAACCCAAGUCAAACAGCUCCGCUCCUGUCGAAGCCAGAGCUGAGGAGCCCCUCUGGACUCGCAGUGACAACACCUUCAGAUUUAAUUUCUUAUCCGACAGCCCCGCAGUGCCGCAGGAGGAAACAUCUCUGUCAUCAGACAGGGCCGAACCAGCAGCAGGCCGGAUAUCUUUUACGGGGCAAAGCUCUGCAUUUGCCUUCAACUUUCAGAUUCCCUCUGUUGCGCCUGUAGAAGAUAUGGAGACAACGGAGACCCCAGACGCUUCAUCUCCAGGCAUCCAAGAUGAGAAGCCUUCCCCUCCACAGGAGGUGAACUCUCCGCCUGAACCAUCGGUGCAGUCAAAAGCCAAGAAGAAGAAGAAAUCUGGAAAGAAAAAGCCCUCAGAUAGCACCGAGCCACAGCAGAAGCCAAGUUCAGCUGAGGGAAGUCAAGGAGGCCAAGGGACAGAGCUGAGUGCAGAAGAGCAGCUGAACAGACAGCUGGACUGGUGCAUCGAGCAGCUGGAAUUGGGAAUGAGGUCCCAGAAGGGCACGCCGAAACAGAAGGAGGAAGCCUCUCGUGCCCUGAAGACUCUACGGAGCUCCAAAGCUCCUCUGGCCAAGAAGAGGCAGGUGAUGAGAGGCAUGACUGGAGAUUACAGGAAAAAAAUGGAGGAAGAGAAGAGCAAGCAGUACAAACUCAUUCAGAGUGAAACUGCAUCAGCUCAGGUCAAAGUUGUGUCAUAUUCUCCAAAGAAGUGUGUUUUCCACCGGAGAGCUGAAGUCAGAACCCAGACGGCAGCCACAGAGGAGAACCGGCAGCAACCCAAAGCCCAGGACACAGACCUGAAAGCACAGACUCAGGAGGAGGCGUCAGCUUUUGUCUUUACCCCGUCAAAGGAGGAGUUUCGCUUCAAUUUUCUCUGAUUUGCACCCGGAGGACUUGUUUCAUCAUACAUUAUGCUGGACUGUGCCUGUACAGACUGUUUUGAAUUGUGUGCUGAACGUUCUUUGUGAUGGAAACAACAAAAAGCACAUGAAAUAGGGUCUACUUUGGAGAUGAUGAUCCAAAAACAAACACAAUACUAAUAUUCAAAAUAUUCAAAUGCUCUCACGCACCCUUUAGUUUCUGUUUGUGCCAUAUCUCUAAAUAAAGAAUUUUGUAUUU